UCGGUCCCCUGUUCUUUUUGUUUCCAUUUAAGCCCCUCCCAUGGCGCAUACAACUUUGAAGCUCAAUUCAAUUCCCAACCACUUCACGUUUUCCGACACAAUUCGCUCCAAUUCUCACUCCUUCGGCCAAGUUUCGCUCCCGAAAAGAUCCGAUAAUGUUUCUUCUUCUUCUUCUACCGCCGCCAUGGUUCACAAGAACGCCGGUUUCACAAGCUUAUGGCGUCAGAUUCAUGGGUGCAAUAACUGGGAAGAUCUCGUGGAACCUAAUCUUCAUCCACUUUUACGGCGGGAAGUUAUCCGGUACGGCGAGUUUGUGGCGGCGUGUUAUAAAGCCUUUGAUCUUGAUCCAAACUCCAAACGGUAUUUAACUUGCAAAUUUGGAAAGAAGAAUUUGUUUAAGGAAGUAGGGUUGGAGAAUUCCGGUUAUGAAGUGUCCAAAUACAUCUAUGCUACCCCUCCCUUCAUCCAUAUUCCUCCCAUCCAAAACUCCCCACCCGCUUGCGGACGGUGGAUCGGCUACGUCGCCGUCUCCUCCGAUUAUAUGAGUAAGAGACUCGGUCGACGAGACAUUGUUAUCACUUUCCGAGGUACCGUAACGAUCCCUGAAUGGAUUGCGAUUCUAACGAGCUCCCUCACACCUGCGCACCUCGACUGUUACAGUUAUCGGCCCGAUGUCAAGGUCGUAUCUGGGUUUCUAACGCUCUACACAUGCGAGGAAAAGUGCACGAAAUUCGGGCUCGAGAGCUGCCGGGAGCAGCUGCUCUCGGAAGUGUCGAGGCUAUUAAACAAGUACAAGAAUGAAGAGGUGAGUAUAACCAUGGCAGGGCAUAGUAUGGGAAGUGCAUUAGGCGUUCUUCUAGCAUAUGACAUAGCUGAGCUAGGAUUGAACAAGAGAACAAACAAAGAAGCUGUUCCAAUUUCAGUGUUUUCCUUUGGAGGUCCAAAAGUUGGGAAUUUAAGCUUCAAAGAAAGAUGCGAAGAAUUGGGAGUAAAAGUUUUGAGAAUCGUGAACGUGAACGACCCGAUCACAAAGAUGCCAGGCGUUUUGUUCAAUAGUUAUAAACACGUUGGAGUUGAAUUGGUUCUUGAGUUCUUCAACAUGCAAAACCCUUCUUGGGUUCAUGAUUUGGAGACUUAUAUUAGCUUGUUAAGAUACCCGAAAGAUGACGACGAUAGCGACAACAGCGACGGCGACGACGACGGCUAUGACGAUAGGAGACGAAAAAUUAUCAUUGUAAUCAACAAAGCUAUGGAGUUUUUGUGUAGCAAUGCUCAGAACUUGAACAUGUUUCAAUGGAGAAAUCCACAGAAUUGGUUGAGUCAAUCACAAAAUUAGGUAUAUAAUAAUCAAAACU